UGUCUUUAUCGCUCUCUGUCAGAGCGGUGUUUUCCUACCUCCUGUAUUCUCUUUUAUGGUUUGGCGGAAGUGUAAGUGCUCCUCAGAUGAGGGGGGUGUGAUGAAGAGCAAGAGUUGUAGGCAGCGCAGCAGUGUAUUUUGUGGAAGGACGGGCUCUGAUGUCCCAAGGUGGAGCUCUUGUCCUUACUGAAAUAAAUUCGGUAUAUAAAAGCUCGCUUCGCAUUUCAGAAAAGGUUGAAAGGCUGAGUUAAAAGCCACCCAAGUCUUUGAUUUUACACCUCCCUCCCAGCCUCUGGCAAUCUGACUACAGUAACAGACAACCAAACCAAACGAGUAAGACUGGCUCUCGGAGAAAAAAAGAAAGAACCAACACAAGACUGAACCUGGCCGUAAGACAACUUGACAGCUCAAGCCUAGAGGAUCAACUCUUCUGCUGAGCUCCGGCAUAACGUGCUCUGCAAACAUUCAGCAGCUGCUCGUGCAACACGAGAGCGUGACAGCAGUUGCUCGCACUAGGAAUACAAUAUCCUGGGCUGGAUUCGAUGCCACUUUUAUCAAAUGGACUUUGGGACGCUUUUGGAUAGUUAUAUGGGUAUCCCCAAAUAGUAAUCAUGCAUGACCCAAAACACUUUCACUGGUCCCUGUCGGGGAAAUACAAACUGCAUCCAGCAUUACCCUACAAAAUGGUAAAGGACCUGUAACUGUGAAAACAUGGUGUUUUGGGUUUUCUUGUGCCUCAUGAUCAUUGCUACAGACUCUCAGCAAGUAUAUCCUCCGAAGUCAUUGAGAGGAUCUUGUGACAGUCUCUGUACCUGUGAAACAAAGGAUGGAGUACUAAGUAUAAACUGUGAUUACAGAGGCAUAAAAAAAAUAUCUCAAAUAAAAGUCCCAGCGAAUCAAUUAUUUCAUAUCACUUUGAUUGGAAACGAAGUGGAACAACUAAAAAGUGGUGACUUCAUUGACUUCAAAAAUGCUCUUUCAGUGCACCUUGGGUCCAAUAAGAUAUUUGACAUAGAGCCGGGAGCUUUCGGUGGUUUCAGUUCUAUAAAGCAGCUGCAUAUAAACCAAAACUAUUUGGAAAUACUUAAAGAGGAUGUUUUUCAUGGUUUAGAAAACCUGGAGUUUCUUCAGGCAGACAAUAAUUUUAUACAUACAAUUGAGCCCAGUGCCUUUAGUAAACUUAAAAGACUCAAAGUGCUUAUAUUAAAUGACAAUGCCAUUGAAAAUCUUCCUACCAAUAUAUUCCGAUUUGUUCCACUCACUCAUUUAGAUCUCCGUGGAAACCAAUUACAGAGGCUACCAUAUGUAGGAUUUCUGGAACACAUUGGCAGAAUUAUGGAACUUCAGCUGGAAGACAAUAAGUGGGUCUGUGACUGUGACUUAUUGCCAUUAAAGACUUGGCUGGAAAGCAUGCCUCCUCAGUUCGUUAUAGGAGAUAUUGUUUGCAAUAGUCCUUCAGAAUUAUAUGGUAGUAUCUUAAGCAAACUAAAAAAGGAAGUUUUUUGCCCAUAUGAUAUGGAAAAAAAAUUUAGAGAGACAGAAAAAUUAAUACCUACCAAGGUAAUUGAGGAGGCAAAGGACCCUGGAAUAGUUCCUCAUGCGACAUAUUCAAACUCACCAGGUGACAGUAAAGUUUAUCCAGUCACAUUCCUACCAGAAUAUCCAGAUAUACUCUGUCCCAUGCCCUGCCACUGUACAAACCACCCACUUUCAGGGCUUUUGAUUCAUUGUCAGGAAAAAAACAUUAAAAGUGUAUCAGAACUACAGCAACCACCACCAAAGCCAAAAAAACUUCUUCUAAAUGGCAACAUCAUCCAGACACUUACAAAAUCUGACUUAGUGGAGUACGGCAGUUUGGAGCUCCUUCAUCUUGGCAAUAAUCGGAUCAGUUCUAUUCAAGAUGGAUCAUUUGCAGUUCUAAAUAACUUGCAGAAACUUUAUUUAAAUGGAAACUACUUGACUCGAUUAUCAAAGAAUAUGUUCCUUGGAUUACACUCACUUGAGUAUUUAUAUCUUGAAUUUAAUAUCAUUAAGGAGGUAAUGUCCGGUACAUUUAGUGCAAUGCCUAAACUGAAAGUCUUGUAUAUGAGUAAUAACCUUCUUCAGACUUUGCCACCUCACAUUUUUUUAGGCAUUCCUUUAGCCAGAUUAAAUCUUAAGAGCAACCGAUUUUUACAUAUUGCAGUGAGUAAUGUUUUAGAUCAGCUUAAUUCUGUGGUGCAACUUGAUUUAGAAGAUAAUCCAUGGGAUUGUACAUGUGACUUAGUGGGACUAAAGCAAUGGGUUGAAAAACUUAGUAAAAAAAUACAUGUCGGGGAAGUCAUGUGUGAGUCACCUAGUGGUUUUGCUAAGAAAGAUUUAAAGUCAUUGAAGAGUGACUCAUUGUGCCCAGGAUUGUUAAAUAUACCAACACAACCUGGCGCUGUAGCUGUUUCCCCUUCUGCAACAACCACAAGCACAGCUGCUACCUUUAUUGGUUCGAUUACAGAAAAUGUCCCACUUUCUGUAUUAAUUCUGGCCAUGCUAGUUGUGUUCAUCAUGAUUGUGUUCUGUGCUGCUGGGAUGAUUGUUUUCGUCCUACAUCGUCGAAGAAGGUCCAAAAAGAAACAAGAAGUACAGCAGAUAAAGGACAGCAGUCCAGUGCAUCUCCAUUACAGCAUGUACGGCCACAAAACUACUCAUCACACUGGUGAAAGUCCGUCUGCCAGCAUGUAUGAGCAACGCAUGAUAACACCCAUUGUUCAUGUAUAUAAGAGUCAAACAUAUGGUCCAAAGGAUAUAGAUAAUGAUGAAGAGGAAAAAGACAUUAAUGACCCCAAAAACCUUUGCAGAAGUCUUCUUGAAAGAGAGAAUGAGUCGCCUCUUACAGGUUCUGCUGUUAAGUUCAGAGGCAUUGACCAUGCAUCUGAAUUUAUUCCAUUGAGGGAUGCCAACUCUUUGUAUAGAAACAUUUUAGAAAGAGAACGAGAACUUAAGCAGCUUGGAAUCACAGAGUACCUCAGAAAAAAUAUACAGCAGCUUCAGCCUGAUAUGGACAUCAGCUACCCUGGAAGACAUGAAGAGUUGAAGCUCAUGGAAACAAUUAUGUAUGCCAGACCAAGGAAAGUGCUACUUGAACAGACUAAAAAUGAAUACUUCGAACUGAAGGCAAACUUACAGACUGAGCCGGACUACCUGGAGGUGCUGGAACAACAGGUCUAAAAACUACCUUGGCUUUUUUAUUGUCAUAUUUUCAGUUAAGCUUGUCUGACAAAGAUAUGACAUCACGACAGUGCCUUAAACAAACAGCACUAUUAUUAAUAACUGACAGCAAAGCACAGCUGCACUCCCGUUAAAAACUCAGGUAUCACUGUGAUAAGUGACUGGAUUGUUUGAGGCUCUUCUGGCAGCAAUAUAAGAAAUACAUGAUUCACUGACUAUUAAAUAUUCCUUUUUCAUGUCUUUAAGCAGAUACCCCGUGACAAACACUGCUACCACUAACUGAACUGUCACGCUAAAUUUACUGAAUCUCUUAAUGAGAGAAACACACUUUUUAAACUGAUGUCUGUCUGCCUUUAAAAGGAUGCAGGUUAAUUGCUGGUAUAUGUGUAUCAUUGUUUUUUUAAUCACACCUAAAUAAUGGCUGUAUUUUCCAUAAUGGACUCAAUGCUAACUGUAAGUACAGUAUAAAGAAAUAUAAAAGUAUCAUUGUUGGAUGAUUUGUAUCUAAAAGUACGUGUGUGUGUGUGUGUGUGUGUGUGUGUGUGUGUGUGUGUGUGUGUGUGUGUGUGUGUGUGUGUGUAUGUGUGCAUGUAUAUGUGGGGGGGUGAAAAAAUACAGACAAUCCAUGUUUGUUUUUAUAUUAUGCUGUCUGCAUUUUCUAUCUCACUUUGAUAUACAGAUUUAUGUCUCCUACUGUUGUUUAGAAAUGAGUUUUACACAUAGAAGAAAAUAUUUCUGUUUGCCUGAACAGUAAUGUACAGCAUUAUAGUUCAUUAAGAGAGCACAAGGGUGUUCAUUAGUGUAAAUAACUUUUUAAGGAAGUGGAGCUGACAAGAGCAAGCAUAUGUAGGCUUAAGAAAAGGCACUGUUGGGGUAUUCCAAAAAUACUAGUGCCAUUUCAUACAGCUAAGAACCACAAGCAACUUUGUCCUAGCUGCAUGCACUGGGGCUACCUAUACAUCUAAAAUGAAAGUUAAGUGUCACAACUUUUCCUUCAAAUGCAUAUGUAGCACCAUUAUGUUUAGUAAGGACAGAUAGACAGAACAUCUGAUGAUACUAAUCUUUUGUGUAUGUAGCCCCACUAUAUGCAGCUAGGACAGAGAGACAGAACACCUGAUGGCACAAGCUUGUUUUGAAAACACCAUUAUAUUAUUUCAAACUAAAGUCUUUAAUUUUAAGUAGGUCCUAUUGAUUGACUGCAAAAUGAUGGAAAAGAAAGGCAACUGAAAGAAAAAACAUAAUUGAUUAAAAGUCAGUCUGAUCAGUUCCCAGAGGCAUGUUUUUUUCAUAGGUUCAUGGGAGAUUACUAAGCUAAGAUCUUAAGAGCCCUUGCAAGCCUAGCCAGUAUAACCAAAUUUUACCCAGCAUAUGGCCCCGAGGGGUAAGAGGAUGGCAUGGAUUUGUGCCUAAGGCUUGAGUAUCUUACAGACUGCCCCUGUCCAUAAGGGACAUAUGAGCUACCCCAGGUGUGAAUUUAUGAUUUUCCAUCCAUUGAUCUAAACUGCGUUUGAGGAGACCUAAGGAACGGCUCUGCUUAAUGUGAAUAGGAAGCCUGUUCCAAAGAAGGAACAAUCUCUGAAACACUUACCUGUCUCUCCAGGAAAUUUGUUUGAGUUGCUGAGGAAGUUUAGCUCUUUGAUUGGGUGACCCCUUGUGCUGUUUGACUUGCGGACAUGCAGCAGCUCCAUCAGGGCUGGAUUUGUUAGUGCAUUGUAGGGCAGGCAUAGGUCAUCCCUUAAUUAAAUCAAUAGUCAGUAGGAGACAGUGUAAAGGUAUUGGGCUUUUAGUGUAUCCUUUCAUGAGGGGAAAUAUCACUUAUACCAACAUGCAUGAGUCUGUUACUAAUGGCACAGCACUUUGGGAUAAAGAGCAACUUCCCCUUUACAGUGACUGCAUUUGAGAAAUUCAGUUUUUGGAGUACUGAUUGUAUACUGUUAUUUACACUUUAUAGUUUCCAAACAGUUUUCCUUGGGGUAAAUAAACAAUGAGGGAAAAUUGCUUUUGCUCUGCAUUCAUCUUAAGAGUUUAUUGUGUAUGGUCAUUGCCCAGCAUUAUUUUUAUUUCCAUUUAAAUGAAAUUCUAAACUUUGGUCAGCUUUUAUAUAAUAUAUAGCAGUUAGUUAUUUGUAGGAGUUGUGAGAGUGGCCAGGGUAAUAUAGUUUUUAAAUUGCAUUACUUACUGCUCACAUACUAUGUCUUCAACAAGUACAACAGUAUAAAAGUGCGCACUAAGAUAUUGCAGGCACCAGUAUGCCAGACUAAAGCAUUUCAGUUAAUGUAAACAAGACAUACAGAUUAAAAGUAGUUCCAAAUCUGAUAAUUACUCAUCUUUUUCCUUAUUCUUGUUUUUAUGCUUGUUCUUUUACAUGUUGUAGUUUAUUUUAGUGCCACAUGUUACAAAAAUGAAGCAUGACUGUCAUUUGUUAGCAACAAUAACACAAUGUCAAGUAACUAACCUAAAUAAUUUAUCAAGUUUUGCUGCCAAGCUCACUUAAGCCUGAUAGCACCUUAACAGAAUUAUCAAUAUAGAUGACAUCUGGCAGUAAUAUAUCAUCCCUUAAAUGUAUACUUUGCAUUGGAAUUUGGGGGCUUGAUAUCUACUUAUCUUUUUGCAUUGCUCACCUUUUCUCAGACAAUGAUCUCUACCAUGGGAGGCCUGCUCUUUGUCACCAGAUAGGUGAUAGACACUCAGAGGGCCAAACCCAAAAGACCACUGGGAUUCUGUCAUGAAACCCAGACUUGGAGAAGAGCACAGAAGUGAGUGUUGCUCUUUCUUCAGUUUCUCCUUCUCCUCUGAGCUUAUGCAACACGAGAGAUGGCAUGUGUUAUAGUUUGGAGAUUUUUUUUGUGUUUGGCAAUCUUGGUGGUGUUGCUAUUUUCACUAGUGACCUACCAAUGUUGCAGAUGUUUUGAGAGUCAAAUAGUUUUGUGGUGGUUAAAAGAGGAAUAAUAAUUAUUCACAGUGGACCUACCUGCUGCAUUUAAGCGUCUUUACUAUCUCUCUGCAAAAAAAAAAAAAAAAAAAAUCACUUUUUGCUAAUAUGCACACAGAAGCCAGCAAUUCAUCUUAUUUUAUGGCCUACAAUGAUAAUAAUAAUGAAGGCCCAGACAUCAGAUUUGAUAAGCAGCAUCGACUGGGCAUUCACAGUAGAUAAAAAAACAAAAAAAAAAACAAAAAAACAAUAGGUAUUGCCUGACUCAGUCCUGACUGGAAAUGUCAACAUAAUUCAAAACCAAUAACUCAGAACUGAGGAUUAUUCUCAAUUCAACAUUUCUUGCAAUAAGUCUUUCACUAAUUAACAACAACCCCAUUAUGUUUAUUAAAGGUUUGCUUCAGUGGUGCAUGGACUAAAGCUGCAUCUUAACACAUGUUGUCAAAGUUAACAAAGGUCCUUGGAUUAUCCUUGCUUACCCAGUGUGAUAAUGCUUUAAAAUAUGUUAACCAUCCAAAUAAUUUCUGGGUAUCACAUUCCAUUAAUGUCUUGAGAUAAAAGUAAAUACAAUGUCAUUUUAGCUUAUCUGGAUUUUUUACCAUAACUGUGCACUGCUGUAUGAAGAGCAUUCAGGUUUUAUCUUGAACGCUUGUAGGGUGUUCGAAUCUACUGAGAAAAUAUUGUAAAUAUAUUUAUACUGUUACCACUUAACCUGUUUCUAUAAAAUAUCUGGCUCCUGUGGUGGCUUUAAAAAUCAUGUUAAAAUGUUUGUUUUCUGUGGCCAGUGAGUAGUUCAGAAGAGAAACACUUUAUUUUUUGCAAGACACACUUUUUUACCACAAAUGUUUUGCAGAAAAGCACAUUGUCUGAUAAUCAGUGGUGUAUAUUGCUAUGAGUGUAGAUCACUGCAGUUUUAUUUUGCAUUGAUGUAUGUGUUGAAUUAUAUAAAUUAUUUAUUCUGUACAGUUUUGUAUACUUUUCUGUUCACAGAAAAAUCAUUCUUGGGUGCCUUUCAAGUAACUGAAAGAAAUGUUCACUAAACAAUGAAUAAACAUUAAUAAAAAUCACUUGUGCUGAUGUUUCCUUAGCUUUCAACUUUUUUAAUUUACAAAGCAAAAAAGCAAAAAUAAAGGUACUGCUCUAUUGCACUAAG